AUGACAGCCUCCGUGCUCCUCCACCCCCGCUGGAUCGAGCCCACCGUCAUGUUUCUCUACGACAACGGCGGCGGCCUGGUGGCCGACGAGCUCAACAAGAACAUGGAAGGGGCGGCGGCGGCGGCGGCGGCGGCGGCAGCGGCGGCGGCGGCUGGGGCCGGGGGCGGGGGCUUCCCCCACCCGGCGGCUGCGGCCGCGGGGGGCAACUUCUCGGUGGCGGCGGCGGCCGCGGCGGCGGCGGCGGCCGCGGCCAACCAGUGCCGCAACCUGAUGGCGCACCCGGCGCCCCUGGCGCCCGGCGCCGCGGCCGCCUACAGCAGCGCGCCCGGGGAGGCGCCCCCGUCGGCCGCCGCCGCCGCUGCCGCCGCCGCCGCCGCUGCAGCGGCGGCGGCGGCGGCGUCGUCCUCAGGAGGACCGGGCCCCGCGGGCCCAGCAGGCGCCGAGGCCGCCAAGCAGUGCAGUCCCUGCUCGGCGGCGGCGCAGAGCUCGUCGGGGCCCGCAGCGCUGCCCUACGGCUAUUUCGGCAGCGGCUACUAUCCUUGCGCGCGCAUGGGCCCGCACCCCAACGCCAUCAAGUCGUGCGCGCAGCCCGCCUCGGCCGCCGCCGCCGCUGCCUUCGCGGACAAGUACAUGGACACCGCCGGCCCCGCGGCCGAGGAGUUCAGCUCCCGCGCUAAGGAGUUCGCCUUCUACCACCAGGGCUACGCACCCGGGCCUUACCACCACCACCAGCCCGUGCCUGGCUACCUGGAUAUGCCGGUGGUGCCGGGCCUCGGGGGCCCCGGCGAGUCGCGCCACGAGCCCCUGGGUCUUCCCAUGGAAAGCUACCAGCCCUGGGCGCUGCCCAACGGCUGGAACGGCCAAAUGUACUGCCCCAAAGAGCAGGCGCAGCCUCCCCACCUCUGGAAGUCCACUCUGCCCGACGUGGUCUCGCAUCCCUCAGACGCCAGCUCCUACAGGCGGGGGAGGAAGAAGCGCGUCCCUUACACCAAAGUGCAAUUAAAAGAACUCGAACGGGAAUACGCUACAAACAAAUUCAUUACCAAGGACAAACGGAGGCGGAUAUCAGCCACGACGAAUCUCUCGGAGCGACAGGUUACAAUCUGGUUCCAGAAUAGGAGGGUCAAAGAGAAAAAAGUUAUCAACAAACUCAAGACCACUAGUUAA